UUUAAGAAUGUAAUUUUUUUAUAAAUUUAUUAGUCCUAAAUUUUAAAUACAAAAAUUCUAGUACACAUUCAACGACUGCUGCACAUUACUUUUGCUGUUUCGAAAAUGGUAUCUUAGUAGACUGUACCACAAUGAUUACUUAGUAUGCUUAGUAAGGUGAAACUGGAAGUGUGUGUCGACAGCUUGGAGUCCGCAAUCAAUGCCAUCCAUGGAGGUGCAGAAGAGCUUGAAGUAUGCAGCUCCCUCACUGAAGGUGGACUUACACCUACAGUCGGACUAGUGAAACAAAUAUUACACAUGGUACAGAAUAUAGGUGAAAAAACACCUAUUCAUCACACUUGCUCAAACUGUAAAUGUGCCGAGCUAACUGAGAAACCCAGUGUGAACAUAAUGAUAAGGUGUAGAGCAGGCUCAGAUUUUUGUUACACUCCUCUGGAAGUCGAAACAAUGCUGCUUGACUUGGUUAUAAUGAAGAACAUGGGUGUAAACAGGUUUGUCUUUGGUGCACUCACUAGUGUACAAGAAGUUGACGUUGAUACAUGUGCCAAAAUUAUUGCCAAGGCAAGUCCUUUGCCAGUGACUUUUCAUAGAGCCUUUGACAUUUGCAAGAAUACUUUAAUGUCUAUCGAAAAGAUUGUCAAACUUGGCUUUGACAGAGUUCUUACCAGUGGCCAGAGAGCAUCUGUGGAUGAUCCUGAAGCAUUCCAAAUAAUCACCGAUUUGAUGGGCUUUUACCAAGACAAAAUCCAUAUCAUGCCUGGUGCUGGUAUCAGUAUAGAAAAUGUGAAAAAAUAUGUAAAACUUGGAUGCCCAUUUAUUCACAGCUCUUGUAAAACCGCCAGAGAGGCUAAGAUUGGCAAAACUCUGAACAUGGGCAUCGAAACUGCAGGGCCUGAGAAAGUUUAUUACACAGAUAAAAAUAAUGUUAUUAGACUAAGAUAUGCAAUAAAAACUGAGCUUUUACGAAUGCAGCAGCUAGGGAAUGCAAUAACCGACCAAAUUUCAUAACCGGUUAUGGUUUUGGUUGUGCCUGAAAAAUAACCGAUAACCGGUUAUAAUCGGUUACGGUUAUUUUCAACAAAAAGUGGUAAAUUUUUAAUCAAAUAAUCGAAAAAAUACAAUUAUAAAGGGAAAGUAUUAGAGAAUGUAAGUAUAAGUCUGUGUUUUUUUUAAUAAAACCCGCAAACUAGUAAAAGUGAAAAUAGUGGCCUUUGACGUGAUAUAAUAUUCAAUCAAAAUCGUUCACAAGUAAGAGAAGAAAUUUGUUAUAUUUUCGUUAGUAAAGCACAAGUGACAAACACGAUAGUCACAGUCAAAAAUACAGUAUUUUCUAGUCCCUAAAAGGUCAAAUUCAUUGAAAUUCAGGCAUAAAAUAAUAACCGAUGAUAACCGUGACCGGUUAUUUGAGUUUCCUAAUAAUCGGUUAUGAAAAUUUGUCAAAUAACCGGUUAUAACCGAUUAUUUCGGUUACGGUUAUAACCGGUUUGCAUUCCCUAGCAGCAGCCUUAAAAAUAUUCAUAUUUAAGUAGGUAUCGCCAUUUAUUAAACCUAUAUGAAAAAUACUUAGAUACCUACGUACAAUGUGGUCCGAUAGUCGCUAAUAUUUUUCUUGUUUGUACUUACGCAAAAUAAUACCUAUAAGGUACGUUAAACAACGCAUUUAUUUUUGAUCGUGAAUCGUCUCGCUGUAAAAAUAAUUGGUAGGUACCUAAUUUACUCGGAAGUUAUGAAUUUCAUGUAUAUCUAUUACCUACUUGUUUGCUGUUUGUCCCAAAAUCUAAUACAGAUACUGAAAAUUACCGUAUUCAUCGAAAACUUCCCUACGAACAGCAACAGUACGUUCGCGGACACUAAGUACACGUCUUUAUAUUGUAUCUCACGUUCACGUAGCGUUCAAAUCCGAAUCGCCAAGCGUAAGUUAGUAAGGCUUAACACCACGGCGAUCCGUUAUAGGAAGGUAGGUACUAUCAGAAGCAAAAGUGCAUGGAGAAAUUAUGAAUGAAAUCAUUGAUAAAUUCGCCUUUCACU